AUGUCCGAGAACGUACAGGUCGACGAACUUGCUCUUGCUCAUGCUGCCGACACUGAAUAUCUUGUCCGGAGAGGAAUGGGUAAAGGAUAUCAACUGCUCUCGCUCGCGACUCCUCCAAUAUACGCCGCAUUUGUUCUGGCUCGAAAAGGACGUUCGCAUUUCAGCAUAAAUCGUUUCUUGAGAGCAACGUGGGUUGGUGGUGCUGCAGGUGCGUUAUCCCAAUGUGUGGCGGCGGGCGGUGCGUUUGAGUAUGCGAGGUCCACUACGUCGAGUGCGGAGACAUUGAGGGCAAGAAGGAUACGGGCUGCUUACGAUAACACCUCCAUGCGAGCAGACGACCAUUCUACCAUUGGCGCACUCAUCUUCUCUGUCCUUACACCCGCCAUCUUUUGGAAUCGCGCACGAGCAGCCCAUCUUAUCCUCGGCGGAGCUGGUCUGGGAUCUGGCGUCGGCCUUCUGACGCACUGGGCGAAGGCUCUGUCUGGAGACGUACCACCACAAGAACGUGUUCCCAUCCUGGCCCCAUCUUCUUCCGAAUCGGCACCAUCAUAGCACCUUUCAACAUACAUCUCAUCCUGCAUUCCACUGUGGCACAAUCUGCUCUUACGUUCACCACUCUCACGCCUCUAACGAGAAAAUAUCAUACCUUUUGAGUGUUUGCCAUCGACGUUCCCAGGCCAGCUGAACGUGCUGUAUACCUAGCACCCUAGAAGUCAUUAACACAGCCAAGGACCAACCCCAUCGCUGAAAUUACUAUCAAC